AUGAACAGAUCCGAACGAAGAUCGUAGCUGGGAACCUCACAACGAAAACAGGACGACCGCCCUCCAGCUCGCAAUACGUCUAGAUAGAGAUAUAGUAAGCUUUUACUCAAUAGGGGGACGGACUUCAAUGCUCCUCGAGGUAAAACUCCCCUCCAAGCGGCUACUUACACCAAACAACCCUCUUUGGAAACAAUCGAGCUCUUACUGGCAGAAGGCGCAGAUGUCAAUCCUCCGUCAUCAUCCCAAUACGGUUUAACGGCACUCCAGGGGGCAGCAUCAUACGGUUAUAAGAGAGGAGCUCUGAUGCUGCUUGAAAGAAGUGCGGAUUCGAAUGCAUCAGGUUCCAGAUUUCAUGGUAGAACAGCGUUGGAGGGAGUAGGCAAGAGUGGUCCGUUGGAUAUGGUUCAGCUUUUACUAAAUGCCGGAGUGGAACCGUGA